AUGCCAGAACGUCAUAUGCGACCUCGUAGUAUAAUCUGAUGAAAUAGUCAAAUAAUUAUUAUUUUAAAAUAAUUUCAUAUUUUCUGAUCAAAAGGGAGCUUAGGUGAUGAGGUUAAAUCUUUAAAAUUGCGCAUACUGCGCAUGAUUUCGUAAUCAUCGAUCCGAAAUCUAAGAUUGAAAUUGUCAAAAUGUUUAGGACUCUUGCAUCUUUAAAUACAAUGUGUUUGCGCUUGUGUAAAUGUGUGAAUAAAAUUUACAGCGAAAACUACCAAAGACGGCGAACCAGAACCGUGUAAACCGAUACAGAAAGUUGAGUGGAAGCUCUCGAGAUCGGGGUAAGAUGUUUUCACGGGGUUUAAAAUUUACUAAUUUUAAGGUGGAUUCAUCAAGCGAGUUUCAAACUACAUUAUGUCGUUCUGAUUAAUUUAGGGAGGUGUACGUUAUAUUUUCCGGUGGUUUAGCAUACGACACAACUGGACGAACUCCAAGUAUAACGGUGAUACAUGGGAAAACCACCACUGUACUAGAAAUGGAGCACAAUGUGAUAGACUUUAUAACACUAUGCGAAAAUCCAUGGACCAGCGAUUACCAGGAUCCGUACGCUGUCGUGGUUCUGCUACAAAACGACUUGGUUGUGAUAGAUUUGUCAACACCUGGAUUCCCGUGUUUCGAAAACCCGUAUCCAAUGGACAUACACGAGUCGCCUGUGACGUGCUGCGCAUAUUUUGCAGACUGUCCUUCGGACUUAGUGCCAGCUUUCUAUUCAGUCGGAUCGAAAUCUCAAAAAAAGACAGGAUUCAGUGAAAAGGAUUGGCCGAUAUCUGGCGGGGAAUGGAGCUCAAGUUCAAGCGGUUACAAUGAGAUUAUUUUAACUGGACACGCCGAUGGCAGCAUAAAGUUCUGGGAUGCAUCGGCAGGCACGCUGCAAGUGCUUUAUAAAUUGAAGACGGCGAAACUUUUUGAGAAAGGUAGAACGCGUAGCAUAGACUCGGAAGAAGAUCCUCUAGCGAUACAGCUGAUCUUCCUUUGUCCCGAAAGUCGGAAAUUAGCGAUCGCGGGAAGUGGCAGGCACGUUGUUUUAUUCAAGUUCAAAAAAGUUGAGAGCAUGUCCGAAGUGGUGACUUUGGAGAUAUCGCUCACAGCUGACCCAGCCAAGGAACUGGAAAGUUCAUCCGACCAUGAUUCCCCAGCUGGUAACACUUCGGGAAGUAGCGAGUCGAAAAACAAUGAAUCGAAUCAAUCACUUAAAGUUAAGACUGGUUUGCAGAAGAGGGCCGCAGGCUUUCAGGCAACCUUGGUUUGCUUAACGAUUACCAAUAGCGGAGAACAAACUGAAAAUAUAACAGCUCUCAGUUUGAAUUCUUCCUAUGGUUUAAUGGCUUAUGGGAACGAGUCUGGUAUAGUGAUAAUAGACAUUGUUCAGAAGAUUUCCUUGAUUGUAUUGAAUACCGGGGAUAUCGGCGGUAAUACGGAUCCGUGUCAACGAGUGCUACGCAGUCCAAAACGCCAGGACGAAUUGAAACGAGAGAACGAGGACAAAGCGAGAAGUCCUAGCACAGACCAGGUAAAAUGUAUUUCUUUCUUAGUUAAAGUUGUCUCAAAUAUUUCAACCGUUACCCUCUUCAUUUCCCUUGACCUUGUCCGACGAAACAUCUUGAGAGAUUUGAUAUUUAAAUAUAUAUGCAUUUCGCUUUUUUUUUUUUUCUAGACACUAAAAUUAAUAAUCUCCAUUAUUGCAUGAUUGUAAAGAGAAUUACAUAAUUUGAAUGUCCAAGUUUAUUACUAAAUCUGUAAUUAUAAAUUUUUUUAUUUCUUUUGUAAAUACUAAAAGAUCCCAAGGUUCUCAACAACAUCGUGACACUUCGAUACGAUCAUUAAGAGUAGAAUUGAUUAAAUAGUCGUAGAUCAGUCGUUAACACAGUGUUUUUCGAGAAUAGCUCUCUAGUUAACAUUACCUUGAAAAAGAAAAGGAAAGAAAAAUAUCAAAGGUGAAACUUUUCCAGAAGAUUGAUUACUAUAGUAAAUAACUUACUGCUAAAAAUUUAUUGGAAGAGCUAAUAUGUUUUAACAAUUAACCAAAAUUAUCAUUUUAUUUCACGUUUUAUUUGCAUCGUUUUACAUAAUGAAAAUAGUGAAUGAAGCAGAUUUUCCAAUAAAAAUGAUAACUAACAAACCGAACACCUAACGAUAAAUUGAAGAACUGUUCAGUCGAAUAAAAAUAACGUAGACGAUACAGAAAUAAUUGCUUAAAAUAAAUAAAUAAUUAUAACAUUCGAUGAUAUUUAAAACGUAACCAUAAAAUGCAUGCAAUUUCUAUAAAAACUGAAAUCGAAACGAUUAAGAAAGUGAAACUUUUGUCGUUCGUUUUAUUUUCUUCUGCUCAUAAUUAUUGUCAUGCGUUAUUUUAAUUCAUAAGAUGCUUCUAACUAAUCCAUCGUUUAGAUAGAGACUCUAAUAGUUAAGUAAGUAUAUAACCACUAUAUUAUUUUUACAAAUUCCAAGCAGAAAGUUUAGUAACGUGUAGGCAAUUUUUUAAAUUCUGUUUUUCUUUUAUGAAGAAAAUAUAUUGUAAUGCAAAGUUUUUCCUACUCCUGUUUGUGAUUUUUGCAUGAGCAUUGAACAUUGUUUGUAAUCUUGAAUACCUUCAAAGGCAGAAGAUUGCGCAAUUCAAGUUCUGUUUGAAGCUCUGAAACUUUUUAUUAAAAAAAAAAAAAAAAAAAAAAAAAAAAGGUUUUGAAAGUAGAAGGAACUUUAUUUUCACCAUAUAGAGUAAUAAGUCAGAACAGGUGUUGGAAAUUGUGAAAAGUUAAUUAGUUAUUUUCAAGAUACAGAUUAUACUGCGUAACUGGGACAAGUUAUAGCUCUGAGACAAUAGAAGAUAGAAAGAAACUUUUAUUGAGCAAAAAAUUAAAUUCUGCCUGA